AUGGUUGCUGAGAAGGGAACUGAACCACUUACUCUCCAAGAGCUUCUGGAGCUCAAGAUUGAGUGAGUUACAUUUUAACUAUCACAAAAAAAUUAAUUGAAGAUUUUUCGAAUUUUUAAUUUAGAAUAGCAAAAAGAUUUCCGAAUUGAUUCACUGUCACUAGGAAAAUAUUUUUCAAGAAAGUUUUUUCAAGCUGAUUUUUUUUUUUGAAGUGAAGUUUUUUAGUGCCAGCAAUUUCAUGGACAACGUAGCCGUCGCAAAAGCGAUCAAACUACAAAUAGGAGAAUUCAAACCUGAAAUCGGAAUCAUUUGUGGAUCAGGACUCACCCCAAUUGGAGAACAGCUGGAAAAGGCCAUCAUCGUGCCUUAUUCGCAAAUUCCCGGCUUCCCUAGAGCUGAAGGUAAACUCUUUGAGAUUUAAAAUCAACCGUAGGGUCCUCUGAUUGAAUUCUUAUGUUUUCCAAAAACACGACAAGAAUUUCAUUCAAAAGUUGAUACAGACUUAAUUCAAGAGGAUUUAUCAUAUUUUAAUUGCUUUUCAGUUCCUGGACACACCGCAGCGCUCGCCUUUGGAGAACUCGAAGGCAAAAAAAUCAUGUGCAUGCUGGGUCGCUUCCAUCCUUACGAGUACAACAUGGACCUUACCCUGGUUUAGUUUUGAAGUAGUGCUUCUAUCUUUAUUAAUUACGGUAUUCUCCGUUUCAAAUUAUUAUUUUUGAACCUACAAAAAGAGUUUUUUUGGGUUUCAAAUUUGAAAUGAUUUUUUUCUUAACUACACUCGAAAACUUCAGAUAAAAAUUCCUGAUGGUUGCUAUAUGCCCGAAAGUAUAGUUUUUUAGAAAAGGUCUUCAAACAUGCAAAAAUAGGAAAAAUUCGAUUCUUUACACUAAAGUUUCAAAUGCCCGUGUAAAAUUUAAAUAUAUGCGAGGACAAAUUCAAACAAUCUUGCCUUGUUCAUUGAACAUUACAGCUUCCAGCAGACAGCAAAAUUUACCAUCCUUCCUUUCUUUCAGUGUUCGAUGCCUGUGAGGAUCAUGCACUUGUUGGGAGUGCAAACUCUUAUCGUUUCAAACGCCGCUGGAGCGAUCAAUCGAAACUUCGAGUUUGGAGAUCUCAUGCUCAUAAAGGUACGAUCAAAGUCCACAUACCUUCUUGGUAUCCAAAAUUCUCUACAACUUCAAGCCUGGGAAAUAUCUGUUUUUCCAGGAUCAAAUCUUUCUCCCAGGCCUUGCUGGAUACUCUCCGAUCGUCAAACUGAAGGAUCCUCAUUUUGGAAAUUGUUUUGUUUCCAUGCACAGCGCAUAUGACAAAUCUUUGAGGUCAGUUAUUCAUGAUCAAAUAAGGCGAGCUUAUUUGUCGUAAUUUUUCAGGACGCUUGCCAAGAAGGUUGCUAAGGACAUCGACUUGAAGCUCCACGAAGGAAUUUACGUGAUGUCUGGAGGUCCUCAGUACGAGUCUCCUGCUGAGGUUUCGUUGAUUCGUUUCCUUUGCAGAAAUAUCAUCUUUUUUAUGGGCUCAAGAUUAUUUUAUAAGAUAACAUGGCUUUCGUUUCUUUUCAAAUAAUUCUUAAUCGUAGAAAUUUUAAGGUCAUGCUGUACAAGACAGUUGGCGCGGACGCUUUGGGCAUGUCGACUUGCCACGAGGUCACUGUCGCUCGUCAGUGUGGAAUCAGAGUCGUUGGCUUCUCUCUCAUCACAAACAUGUAGGAGUUAUUGAAACUAGCGAAAAGCUGAAAGCAGGCGAAAAAAAAUUGCCAUUUUUCUCGAGAGGCGAGAAUGUUAGGAUGCUACCGAAGGAAAGCUUUCUAUGUCAAAUUUUUGCUUGGUCAGUUUACCUCCCAAUUAGUAUCAUCCAACAACCGAUAAACUCCGUGAAAUGUUUCUAUCAACCACCAAAAAUCCUUUUUCCUCUAGACAAUUGCAAAUAUAUGUAAUCGAAUGAAAAACUAACUUCAAUUCCCUUUUUUUUUCAACAGUUCGAGUUCAAUCUAAACUUUGAAAAUUCCAGCGGAAACCUGGACGCUGACAACGCCGCUGAAGUAACUCACGACGAAGUUCUGGAUGUCGCCAAGUUCGCUGCAAACCACGCUACUAAGUUCGUUCGUCAGUUGGUCAAAGAGUUGGAUGACUAUACCGUUCCGCCUCUUUUGGACAAAAAGACCAAGGAAAGAAUGCCAAUGUACGUCCAUGAAUUCUGA